AUGGAUAAAGUGGACAUCACAGAUGAUAAUAGACAAGAGGUGACUGUCACCUUGGAGACUGACCACACUAACAGCUACAUCCACGCAGGUUUAAACCGUGUGAAUGGGAUCGCCCUCAAACAUGGGAGACUUGACCCGGGCUUUCAAGGCUGUCAUCUUCUGGGUGGAGCGAGAGAGGCAAAACGGGAAGCUCAUGCAGACCAGAGCGUCACCAUCCUGCACGCCAAGGUUGCUCAGAAGUCUUAUGGCAACGAGAAAAGGUUUUUCUGCCCUCCACCUUGUGUUUAUAUCAGCGGUCAUGGAUGGAGAGUCAUGCAGGAUCAUUUGAAAGCRGGAGGUUAUGGGGACUCWGUUUAUCGGAUAUGUGGUUACAUGUGUCUGGACAGCUCCAGUCAGUCACAAGCAGACACAUUCAAGCUGCUCUUUGAUGAGCAACCAAACUCAAGGUUGUUUGCUUGUGCAAAGUCUCUCUUCAUCUCCGACCAGGACAAGAGGAAGCAUUUUUGCCUGCUGCUGCGACUUUUUUUAGGCAACAGACAGGAAGUGGGUUCCUUCCAAAGCAGGAUGAUCAAAGUGAUCUCCAAACCUUCCCAGAAGAGACAGUCCAUGAAGAAUGCUGACUUGUGUAUAUCCUCCUGCUCCAAAGUGGCUUUGUUCAACCGUUUACGCUCUCAGACGGUCAGCACUCGUUACCUCUCGGUGGACAGAGGAGCUUUCAUAGCCAGCGCCAGACAGUGGACAGCCUUCACCAUCAUCAUGGGUAAAUUGGAUGACCAGCGUUCUGACCACGGCGGGAUUGUGCUGAGUGAAGGCUUCAUCUGUUAYGGUUCUGUGGUCCAGUUAAUUUGCACUGAGUCAGGAGUUGCCCUGCCACCCAUGGUUAUCCGGAAGGUCAACAAGCAGCACGCCAUCUUAGACGUGGACGAACCCGUUUCUCAGCUACACAAGUGUGCCUUUCAGUUCAGAGACAAUCCCAACUCKUAUCUGUGCCUGUUGAACGAUACCAUCAUACAGUACCAGGCUCCGUCCAGCAUCAGAGACUCCAGCAGGGUGGUGCUAAACGAUGGAUCCUGCUGGACCAUUAUUGGCAACUGGCCUCAGAUCCCACACCUGAAGAGCUGGGGAGUCAUACUUCAGGGUCUCUGGUCUCCCAAAUCUCUGCUCUGCGUCAUCCCGGAUGUUUCGGUUUACAGUGACAGCUGGCACUGUUUUCGUCGCAUUAUCACCCUUCCUUUGUCGCUCAUCAGAACUGACGGCCUCAUUUACCGAACAUCCUACAGCUUCACCUACACCCCGGAGCUCCACCUGCCUGCAUCCUCCCGAGGAGCAGCCGGAGGCAGAGAGGGAGGGGYAGAUGGAGGCCAGGAGGACGGGGAGGACAUCCUGUUAGAGACAAUUCAYCAAGAGUUCACCAGAACWAAUUUUCACCUCUUYAUGCAGAGUUAACCAGCUUGUUUACRGUCCUCAGCUGAAUUUAAUAUUAUGAAACAAAGAAAUAAGGCCUGCAGUCUGGUCCAWUUACAUGAAAUCACUCAUUGUAGUCCUUUGUAGACUUAUUURUUCUUGCAGAAAUACAUUUUACAUGAGGGUGUCCAAUGAAGGGUUUAAAAAAGUAGUAAUUAUUUGUUAACAUGGUUCUUUCAGUGGGUUUGAUCUAAAUCCAAAGGAAAGAUCUGAAUUCAAACCUUGCAGGAAGCUCAUCUGUGUUGAAUACAGAGAGCAAACACUGACUUUUUGCAGCCAUCAGAAAGACACAUUUUGGUAUGUCUAAUAUAAUAUUAUAAUGUGUAUUGAAAAAGAAAAAAAAAUCUUGAAACAAAAGACGUGCUGACUGCUCUGUGACAGGAUGUUGUUUCUGAAGGGACAGACUCACCAUCUGAGGGCUGCCUGCAGAGAGAAUAAACUGCGUCCUAUUGGAUCCAUUUAGAAACAGCUUUCAACUUCAGUUUCUGUGAAAUGAAGGWAGCAAGAGUGUAAUCUGUACCUUUUUAUGUGAUAGUUUSUGACCCAGCUGUAAUAAUUUAAAGUCAUGUAAGACAAACAUGGUUGAGUUUCAAGYAACCACUACAGGUUUGCGGUAAUCAGCAUCAUAUACUGAGAAAGGGAGUUAGGAAACUAAACAAUAAUUUGAUCAAGAUCAGCUYGUKCAUAUAAUUUAUAUAGUGAAUAUUUAAAUGCUCCUGUUGGGCAAAGCAUGGGGUCUUUCUCCAGACCUCUGUCUCCAGAAGUCAUAGGGUAAGAUUCAGGGUGUGCAAAGUUGACAGGUUGCCAAUCWGUCACAGGGACAGUGAAGCAAAUUAAAGAAACAUUUUAAUGCAGAAGYGYGCCAAAUAAGACAAUGUUAAGAAAUGCUUAAAGGUUUUUGUGUUUUUUUUCACAAGGUACUUUUUAUCUGACAAGACAACCUCAUGAGAACAUAUUCUAAUUUAUUGAAAAUGACUCUGCAUGCUUUUGAUCAAUCUGAUGAAACCAGAAUACCCAGAGAGCAACUUUACACAGAACUGCCAGGAAUUGAACACAGGGCCUUUUGAUGUGAGGCAACAGUAUUUACAACCAAAGAUCAGCAGAAAAUUAACUGAUCAAACGGCUUCAAAUGAAAGGCAGAUGCAACACAUUGCAAUCGUUUGUUUUUUAGCUACAGUGGCAUUUUGGUUCUUAAUGGAAUUGGGAGAAGAGAAAACUUUGUCACACUGGGUGAGAACAUUCAGACUCCACACAAAACAGCCCCUGAGAGAUGUGAACCAGAGACCUUCUAGGUGUUGGCCUACAGCGCUGACUGUGCUGCAACGGCGUUGACAGCCCGACUGACCCAAGUGUUACUUUGAGAGAUUUGUGCCUCUUGCAGAGGUUCUGUUAUGAAAGACAACAGUGCCAUGUCACCAGUGCUGCUAAUGUUUUUACUGCCUCUUUGAUUUAUCCAGCUCACAUCUGAUUAGACACACAUUUUGGCUCUGAACUGUUGUUGGCUGAGUUCAUAGUGACUCAUUGUUUAGUUGUGAUUUGCUUAAAUCAGUUUUGUGCUUAUGAAAAUUUUAGCUGUUGUUUUUAGGCUUCUGUCUGACUAAACACUGCAAUAAUAAUUGGUGGAAUAAGGUUUUGUCAUCAACAUAUCAACAGUAUCACAACUUUGCAUAUUUAUGUAUCUGUUUGUAUUUGUAUUAUGCAUACAUCUAAUGUUAUGCAUGUAAGCUUGGGUCACUACUAAUCAGCUUCAUCUUUAACAGCACUUUAUUCUCUUUGUGCUAUCCGUUUUACAGGAACCUAAUAUUUAUGCUGGCAUCUACAUUGACCAGCCCAGUAUAAAACUUGAGACGACACUUGAAUAAUUACUUUAGAUUACCAAUGAUUGUUGAAAAGCUUUCUUUGCAAACUUUGUGAACAGAUAAGUCAAGCUGCUCAGGUAGCCGUGUUUUCAUGAGUUUAAGGAUUAUUUCUGUGRCUUUGCGUCUGGAAUUGCCUCUGAUCUUCUGCUGUGCUGCACAUUAGACAGAAAUGUUGGAAGCAGAAUAAAGCGAYGACAGAUAUCUUUUGGAUCACAUCCCAUUUGUUUCCACCGCUCUACAAUAUUAGCCCUUGGCAAUGUUAGGUUCUCAGUCUUUUUUUGUUAAUCCAGUUAAUCAAAGUGUCAGUUUGCAGCAAAACUCAAACACCAACAAAGCUUACUUUGCU